AUGGCCUCUUCUUCUUCUUCUUCUUCUUCUCUUACGAUAUCCCCAAGGAAGCUACGCUAUGAUCUUUAUUCCUAUUCAUACGAAGAAGAUUCCAAUACCCCAUUAGUGAUAAAUGUUCUGGCUUCACUUAUUGAAAGAAGCAUGGCUAGGACACAAAGGAUUGUGAAGAACUGUUCAAGUGCUUUGUCCAAAGCCAUCAGCACAAACAUCUUUGAUUGUAGGGAGAUUCCUGAUAUGACCAUUCAAUCCUAUCUAGAGAGAAUUUUCAGGUACACUAGGGCAGGACCAUCAGUGUAUGUUGUGGCCUAUGUCUAUAUUGACCGGUUCUGCCAAAACAAUCCUGGGUUUAGGAUCAAUGCCAGAAAUGUGCACAGACUUCUGAUAACAACUAUUAUGGUGGCUUCUAAGUAUGUGGAAGACAUGAAUUUCAGAAAUUCAUACUUUGCAAGAGUUGGUGGGUUGACAACAAAUGAAUUGAAUGAGUUGGAGCUUGAAUUUCUGUUCAUGAUGGGUUUCAAAUUGCAUGUGAAUUUGAGUGUGUUUGAGAGCUAUUGCUGCCAUUUGGAGAGGGAAGUCAGCAUUGGAGGAGGUUACCACAUUGAGAGGACCCUAAGGUGUGCUGAAGAGAUCAAAGCAAGGCAUAUAGAGGAAAGGGGUUACACACAAAUCACACGUGUCAUGCUGUAG